AUGACGAUGUGGCAGAGCGGCAUGGGGGGGCACGGGGGCAAGAACAAUGCGUGGAUGAAGCUGAUGGGCAUCGUGCACAAGGAGAGGCGCCACCACGAGUCGGGCGCCAUAUCCGCUGACAGGACUCUCAGCCAAGGACUAGGUACCGGCAGGACGGGCAACUACCGUCUCUGUCUCACCGAUAAGACUUUGAGUUUGAUAAAGAAAGAUGACACGAAUUGCGUCAUCCACCUCCAGCUUACCAACAUCAGGAGUUGCGGCAGUUUGAAGAACUACUUUUUCCUAGAACAGGCGGAGGCGUUGCCCCCACGAUCAGCCACCAGCGCACGCAGUCCCUGCCUCUCGCUGGCGACGUCGCGUCGGCGCCGGCGCCGAUUUCUGCCGCCCCCGGGUCAUAUGCGCGACCCGGCCCCGGCACUCACUGCUCCUCCUCCUCCUCCGCCUCUGCCUCCGCCUCUGUCUGCUCGUCUGUAG